CGAGACUGUAUAUGCAUGCUAAGUUAAGAAUACUGGCAUGCUCUAUUUCUAAGUUAGUUCAUUAAGGAGAGUGAGUACUUAUUUAAAAUAUUAUAUUACAGAAAGUCCGUUGCGCCUUCCAAGGAUGCCCUGGGAAUUUCAGCGAUCCGGUGGGACAUGACUGCUGUCGGUCCCACGCUCAUUGCUCGAUCUCGUUCAUUGCUGAAGAGGGCCAGACCCCGUACAUGAUCUGGUUCCCGGAGUCGUGCGCAUGGUGUUUUGAGUUGACCUCAAUCUUGUUAAACGAUGAGGCGGAUGAGGAGAGUUUGAAGGCGGCCAAGGCAAGUCUCCGGCAGUGGGUGUCUGGAUUCGGCCGUAACGCUCCACAAGGUUGCCCUUAUGUGUUGGAUAACACUCUAGCUACCCGUCUGUUCCCCGGUUCUCCGUCGGCUGGAGUAAAGAGUGAAGUAGCGGCUCCGAUUAUAGAAGCCAUUCGAGCGGCUAUGGCUCCAAACCAGGACGACCAGCAACUGACGGGAGAUGUUGCUGCUCUAGACAUCCAUCUAGAACCGAUGGAUGAGCAGGUAAGUGGCGUAGAGGUUCCGGCAGGAUCCUUCAUUUCUCCUACCCCCUCUUCUUCUUCCUCUUCUUUUCUAGGCUUCGAUAAAUCUGUUCCUUCACCUUGGGAAGGUUCUAGGUCAGUCCGACCCAAGGUGAAGCCUUUGAAGGCAUCAAAGCCUUCAUCAAAGGCGUCUAAGUCAACUCCGUUGGCGAAAUCAGCGUCGUCUCCGGCCCCUAGGCCAUCGACGUCGUAUGAUUCUUCGCCAGCUGCCAAGGCACCUCCUCCUUCUAAAGGACAGAGGGGUAAGUCCGCUAAACACAAGACGUCGGAGCUUGACUUGCAAUCUGACCUCCUCGUAGACAAACUUUUAUCAAGGUUUAGAGAGGUAGUGGAUGAGAGGCUGGAUGAGAGAAUUCCUCCUACUCCGGCUCCCACUCCAGCCACGCAGUCGGUGACUGACAUAGUGGCGGAGCAGCUAAAACCGAUCAGAGAUCUGAUCGCAGGUAUACUCCAAUCCGGAACUCAAGCUGCUCCAUCGACAGUUCCGGAUGCAUCGAAAUUACCGCCGUUCGAUAAGAACAACCCUUGGCGGUUUGCACUCCACUCCAGCGCUCCAUACUUGGAUGGAACACUAACCCUUGAGGGUCUGGGUACUCGACCAUUGUCAGAUUUCGAGUUCUACCCAGAAGGACUUCAGUUUCCUUCAAUGGAUUUGUCAGACUGA